UUAUCUCUGAUUUUGUGAAUCAGAGUUAUUUCCUCAAUUAGAAAUUCUUUCUAUAUUUAGAUUAGUUUAUAUAUAUUGUACAUCCUUCCCCACCCCCUUUUCCCCCUUUUUCAUUUCGCCGGCCGGUCGCCGCGGAAACAAAGUUCAGUUUUCGGGCGGCCCUUAUGUCCAUUCAUUCUUUUAUUGUGUAGUUAGUUACUGUCUACAGCUUUACUACUAAAACGGUCCGCAAACGAGAAGCUGUUGUAAUCUGCUGCAAUUGAUCAUAUUGGUUUUAUGUUGUAUAUGAAAGCAAGAGACCAGAUUGAAUUUGUGUGAUGGAUCUAGGGUUUCCUCACUCGGGAUCUGAAGAGUCGGAUUUAGACAUGGAUACAACGUACAACAACCAUGAGGAAACUCCACUAAUAAAGUCCUAUGCCACCACAUCAGCCGGCCAACUCUCAGAAAAAAAUGCAGCUUACUUUUCUUGUCGCACUACAUGUCGCUUGAACAAUGCUGCUGAAGACAGAGCUAAUUAUUUUGACAAUCUUUUAAAGGGGGUUUUGCCUGUACGGAUUGGCAGAAUGCCUACUGGAGAGCGAGCAGUUACUUUGCUUGAACUCAUGACGAUAAGGACAUUCCAUAGCAAAAAUUUGAAGCAAGUUAGUCUUGCUACUGCAAUUGGGUUCCGGAUGCGUCGUGGUUUGUUGACUGAUAUACCUGCCAUACUCGUCUUUGUUGCUCGCAAGAUUGACAUGGAAUGGCUCGGUCAUGGCGAGUGUCUGCCAUGUGCUCUUGAGGGACCUGGAGGUGUGUGGUGUGAUGUUGAUGUUGUGGAAUUCUCAUAUUAUGGUGCCCCUGCAGCAACUCCAAAGGAAGAAUUUUUUACUGAGCUUGUUGAUGGCUUGCGGGGAAGUGAUCCGUGCAUUGGUCCUGGUUCGCAGGUUGCAAACCAAAGAACAUAUGGGACCAUGAGUGCCAUUGUGAAAAGUCGAACUGGAAAACGGCAGGUUGGAUUUCUCACCAAUAGGCAUGUGGCAGUUGACUUGGAUUAUCCAAAACAAAAAAUGUUCCAUCCUAUGCCACCAAGCAUUGGACCUGGGGUGUAUCUUGGUGCCGUUGAGAGGGCAACGUCAUUCAUCACAGAUGAUCUUUGGUAUGACAUAUUUGCCGGGACAAAUCCAGAGACCUUUGUGCGAGCAGAUGGGGCCUUUAUCCCAUUUUCUGAGGACUUCAAUGUAGCGAGUGUAACCACAUCCGUUAAAGGCGUUGGCGAGAUUGGUGAAGUCAAAGUCAUAGAUUUGCAGUCUCCGGUCAGCAGUGUAAUUGGUCAACAAGUAACAAAAGUUGGAAGAAGUUCUGGGUUAACCACGGGAACCAUAAUGGCAUAUGCCUUAGAAUAUAAUGAUGCAAAAGGAGUUUGUUUUCUUACUGACUUUUUGGUGAUUGGGGAGAACCAAAAGACUUUUGACCUUGAGGGUGAUAGCGGAAGUCUCAUUAUCUUGACAGGACAAAAUGGUGAAAAACCAAGGCCUAUUGGAAUCAUUUGGGGUGGUACAGCCAAUCGGGGUCGACUGAAACUCAAAAUUGGUCAACCUCCAGAGAACUGGACGAGUGGGGUGGAUCUUGGUCGCCUUCUAGAUGUUCUUGAGCUUGAUUUGAUCACAACCGAUGAAGGUCUACAAGCUGCACUGCAAGAACAAAGGAAUGUAUUAGCGUCAACAGCUGUAGCGGCGGCAACAGCACGGGUUGAUUCUGCUGUUGGUGAAUCAUCUUCUCGUGAGUGCAUAUCUGCAGAAAGAACUGAAAAAAACCAUGGGCUGUUUGAUUUAAAUGACCAAAAUGCCCUUCCUUUAGAGGUCCAUAUUGAGGCUGGAAUUGAAACAGCUCCUAACAUGGAACAUCAGUUCAUAUCAAACUUGCCUUCACAUCAAAUUGGGACCAUUGAAAACACAGAUCUGCAAAUUUUUUCACCAGUGAGAAAUGGCUCUGAAGAAAAUUCGUUGGGUGAACCGGAAAGAAAGAGAAGAAAACAAUAUGGUGAUUCAUAUCCCGAUGAAAACAACCAUGAGUGGUGUAAUCUGUAAGUAUGUCUAAGUUUUGCAUUCAUUUCCUAUUCUCAUUGGUUUACAUUUUUUUGGCCCUGUCAUGAUUUGGCUGAUAUGGUUGCCUACCAGUCUAUCAUUGUUUAGAAUGUGGAGUUGUUUAGAUAUACAAUGGCAAAAAAUGUCAUAAAUAUGUACAUUAUUAGUCCUUUUUAUAAUGUUGUUCAAAAUCUACUGUACUGCAAGUCUUCAAUGAUAAAUAAAACGAAAUAAUUCACGUUAA